AAUCAGCUGAUUGUCACUGCUGUCAAUGUCAUAGUACCAGAUUUUACAAUAGCGCAAAAAACUUUUUGAAAUUAUUUAUUUAUUUGUUUGUCUGUAUCACAAGUGAAUAUUACUAAAACUAAACUUUAAAAAUAGGUUUCAUCUUAUAUUGAUUUCUAAUACACAGCGAACUGAAUAAAGUUAAUUCAUUAUUUUAAUAUUUAUGUAACCUUAAAACAAUUUCAACAAAAAUUUCUCUAUUAGCAGAGAUAAUGACCCUCCUCCUCAAGAGUGUGUGGCGCUCCCUCCUGAGGAACUCACCCCUCAACAAGUCACUUGCCUCCAGCAGUUUUGUUUCAUCAGUGUCGACAGAAACGAGCCGCUCCAAGCCUCCAGAUGCGGUUAUGUCGAGUCUGAAGUCUGCUCCAAGCGCAAAUGACGUGUUGGCUGCGGUGCAAGCUCACCUGCCGGCGAUGACGCACAAGCACAUGCUGCAAGCGCUGCGCUCACUGUUUGAGCUCCACAAGUCUGGCAAAUACCACGACGAAUUCGAGACAAUCAUGAAGAAUCCGGCAUUCAAAAUCCUAUGCCAGAACUUUAAAAAAUAUGCUCCAUCUCUUGAAGUGAACGAAGCUAUUGAAGCGACAAAAGUUUUGUCAUACCUCAAAGUUCCAGUCGACUCACUGAUAGUUCAAACUAUGCUACAGCUAAUACGAUGUAACAUCAACAUGAUUAGUAUACGGCAAAUAAUGUUUUUAGACUUCGUUUUGAAUAGAUUUGAUACGAAGAAUAAUUUAGUUGAUGCAUUGAAGUUGGCUCUUCCGUUAGCGUUUCAAAUACAUCUGCCUUUGGAGUUGGAUAAGGACGAUGUGAUGUUGUUGAAGGAUAUGUUGGCUUAUUGCAGCACGCAUGAUAUGCCUGAUCGCUGUAUAAAUAAUGUGGUGACUGCGCUGUUGUUGCAUGACCAGGCUAUUAAUGCACAGGUCGCAAAAUCUAUAAUCUGGUCUUUAUGCAACGUGAACUGCACGGAGGAGAGGUUUCCAACAAGAGUGCAGCUUCUUCACAUUUGCUACGACAUCUUAGCCCAAAAUAUCGACCAGUUGAUCUUUGACGACAUCCUGAGAACAGCAGCGAAGUUGAAGGGGAGAGUUAUGGAGAAGCAUCCGGAGUACUACCACGAGCAGCUGGUGGACGCUAUAGCUGACUACGCGGUCGAUCAGAAUGUCGGCUUCGAGAAGGGAUUGCUGCUGGCUCGAGUUCUGUCCAGAAUUGCGCACACUCACAUGGGUCUAGUGGAGUACCUCUGCCAACUGGCGUCGUCCUCGCCGACCGCGCUGGCCAGCGCCCGCACCAACGUGCUGUUCAGCUUCGUCAACUGUCUCUCCAACAACAACUACACGCCGGAGCCCGAGCGGUGGGCGGCGCUGCGCCGGCAAAUAUCCAACAAUCCUGUGCUUGAUGCAAGAAACGCAGCCCUACCAUGGACGAAAAUAUGUUUAGAACUCGCUUCACUCGGCCAUUAUGAGGACAAGUUACUAUCUCGAGUGUUCUCCGAAGACUUCCUAAAGGAAUACCUUUCCAGAGAAAACAACACUCUAGAUUACCUCCAAUUGUUAACCCUAUAUGAGGCCGUGAAAGCGUUUCACAGCGAUCAGUUUUCACUGCCUCAAGACGUGAUAGAUACAGCGAAGUCAUUGUAUCCAGUACAUGCGUACACGGAUCUGUUAGAGGAACAUCUGUCGAGGGGUUUGGGCAGUCAGGACUAUGUCGUGAAGAAUGUGGUGCUGCCUAAUGGAUUCGUUGCGGAUCUACUGAUGUGUUUGAAGAACAACUAUCCAAUCCAACUGCACAGGACGACCAAAGAAGUGAAGGUGCCGUUAGAAGCCCUAAAUCUACCUCAAGGAGGCGUUACAGUGUGUGUAAUGAACUUCAAUCAAGGCUGUUUCUCAAUGAACAGCAAUCGUCUGCGAGGCACAUUCCGUCUCGUAUUGGACAUCUUAGAAAAGCUGGGCUGUGUGGCGGUCCCUGUGAACUCCAGCGAGUGGCUCAGCGCACCGGCGCACGAACGCACGCCAUAUUUGCUGCGCGAAGUUGGCUACAAGUGCGGCGAGUUCGGCAUGAAGCUAUGUGCGACUUGAUUUCGACGACACAAUGAUGAACUGUGAUUCGAAUUAAAUUCAAAAUUCUAGUGUUAAAAGAAGUAGAAAGGAGUUUCUGUACAUAUUUUCUAUUGAAUAGAAGAGGUUAAUGAUGUUGUAGGGAAAAUUACAAAGUUGUUAACAAAAAAGUGCCUUU